AUGAACGUACAAUAUCAGGCUUUCACGCCCCCUCACCUCUUGAACAACAACAACCGUCGCUCGCCCACUCGCAACAUCAUGCCAUCCUCCACUGCCGUGACGGGCCGCAAGCGGAAAGCCGACGAUGAGGGAAGUGCCGGCGACGACGACCGCAUGAGUGCAUCCCCAUCUACUUCUCCUGCCAUCCUCCCCCGACCUGCGCCACGAGGCAUGAAACGUAUGCGAACCAAUGUUUCCGGUCGACCACUUCCUCUGCCACGCCUCCUCGAGACACUAAGCGCCGACGAGAUGCGGAACCUACUCCAGUCCAUUUGCCAGCGCCACCCAGAUAUUGGCAACGAAGUCGUCACCACAGCGCCUCGCCCCAGUAUCCAAUCAGCCAUGGAAGUUUUGUCUAAAUAUGAGGCGGCGUUCCAGGGGGCAUUUCCGUUUGGCAACCGUGCUUCAUCAGAUUACGCAUACAACAGGGUCCGCCAACAGCUUGACGAUCUGCUGGACUCUCUCAAGGAUUUCACGCCUCACUUUCUCCCACCAAACGAACAACAACCUGCCACCUCACUCGCCUUCCUGGAUGGAGCCACCGAAAUUCUCCACCGUCUUCCCAACUGGGAUACCUACCAGCACAACCGACACAAACAGGAGGCAUAUGAAGAGAUGGCUAAGGCAUGGGCGAUCGUCAUUCGGGAGGCGGCAAAGAGAGCAGGUGGAAUACAACUCCAGUAUGGCGGAUGGGAUCAGAAGAUUGCCAAGCACAAUGAGGUCUCAGGUGGAAAGAUGCAAGAGGCUGUCAAUGAGCUGCGCGGGGGUCUUGGCUGGAUGGGUGCCGAGACUGGCAACUCAACCACAGCUGGGCCUACUGAUGCCAUGUCGAUUCGCCAGCAACUAUUGAGCGGGAACUACGGAAGUGGCUCUUCCGCCAGCAUAGGUGCAUGGUAG